AAACAGAAUCAAAUAUAAAAAACGCAGAAGCAAGAUGGCGGCGCACAAAGUUUUCGCGUCAGCUGAUUCGCUUCGGCGGAUGUUCUGCGCUGGUUCCAGUCCGUUUCUGCGAGUUUGUAAACAAGCUUACUGCCCACUUGAGGUGAAGAGAACUCUGUUUCUGAGGAGGUGUUAUUCGACGGGAGAUCAAGAAUUAAAGAAGGCACAAAGUGCACCGGCUUUCGACGGCAAACCAACAAUUUUUUCGAAGAUACUCGACAAAAGUAUUCCUGCCGACAUCAUCUAUGAGGAUGACAAGUGCCUUGCAUUUCGUGAUGUGAACCCUCAGGCCAAGGUUCAUUUCUUAGUUAUCCCCAGGAAGCAUAUUCCCAUGCUUGAUCAUGCGGGCACUGAGGACACUGAGCUCCUAGGCCACUUACUGCUAGUGUCUAAGAAAGUGGCUGCCCAAGAAAAACUUCAAGAUGGGUAUAGACUAGUGAUCAACAACGGUAAAGAUGGCUGCCAGUCCGUGUAUCACCUGCAUGUUCACGUCAUUGGCGGGCGCCAAAUGGGCUGGCCUCCCGGCUGAACCAACGGGCAGUCAGAAGUGUGUUUCCUUCGUGAGAAGUGAGGAAGUAAUAAAAGAACUGUCUCUUUUAUUAUUUUUUAUUUUCCACUGCA